AUGCACCGAGCCCUUUUGGCCAAAUCGGAGCAGGCCUCCACUGGGCGCGAUAAAUCAGCUCCCCUGGCUCCCGCUAAGAAGGACACAGUGAAUGACAGCCUCGGCGGCGCCUGCAAUGGCGCCGACGUCAGCGGCGGUUCGAGCGCAGAUUGGCCGCCCGCGGGGAGCGGGGCGCCGCGCCUCCCGCCAGCGACCGUCGGAGCCGCGCGGGCGAUCCUCGUCGCCGGGCAGUUCGAGCCGAGCGACGUGCUGGACGAGGACGAGGCCGUGGAUGCGGAAGGGGUCAGCGCGAUCCCAGCCCUGCCCCAAGCGGUCGGCGCGAGGCGCGUCGACGACGACGCCCUCGGCGGCGCCCGCGCGAGCGAGGACGUGCCCGGCGCGGGCGACGCGCGGGCCCCCCUCGGCACCCAGCACCAGCACCACGAGCCGAGCGAUGUGCAGGCUGGAUGGACCGGCGGCGUCGGCCGCCGUGCUUGCGAUCGCACGGGCACCUGGGGCGACGGAGGCAGCCAAGACCGCCACGUGCACUUCAUGGAGGACGGCAGCGAGUUGUGGCAGUGGGGUCUCGAGGAGAUCGGGCGGGAUGGCGGCCCGAAGGCUCCCAGCGCCCGCCAGCCGACCACGGCGGUGAAGGAGGCAGAGAGCGAGAGGGACUCGGCCGAUGCGAACGAGUACGAGCUGCACGAGCCGAUGAAGACCACCUUCGAUGAUUACGGCGAUGAUCAGCAGAGCGGCGUCGCGCGAGACGGCCUGCAGGACUCCGACGUUGGGCACGACGCAGUCCAGGAGUCGGCGCGGCGCACCGUCUCCGUCGAUGUUGGGGUUCGCCAUGGCGCUCACGACGCCGAGCCCCACGGCGACCACCAGCAGCGCGGCCCCGAGCAGCCAGGGGCACAGUCCAACGAGCACUCGCAGCACGAGGAGGAUGAGCAGGACGGGCAGGAGCAGGAGGGGUUCCAGCGCGGCCCGCACUCCCGUGCCCCACCGGCUGCGGCGCGGGACGGGCGCCAUCAGCCCGACUCGGCUCGGGCCUUACAGCGCGACCAGGACCUGGCAGAGAGCGAAGAGCGCAACGCCGAGCGAGGGCCCUUACUCGAUCGCCUUAGGAGGGCGUGGGCCGCGACCGUCGCCUCGGAGGGCGUCGAGGGCGACGGGGCUCGUCAGCGCCAGCAGACCUUCUCCGUCACCGACGCCGUCUUCUGCUACCCGCGAGGCGGCCGGCUGCGCCUGACGCCCAACGGCAUCGCGCCCCUGCGCCCCGGGGUGCGGCUGCUGCACGCGACGGUGCUCCGCUUCAACGAGAGGUCUGGUAACUACAUCGUGUGCUAUGACAACGCGUCCAAGAACGAUUUCGAGGACACGGAGGCGGACCCCUUCGAGGGGAACCACCUGCCAGGCAACCCCCCCCCGGACUACGCCGACGGCACGCGGCUCUCCGUCUUCCUCAGGGAGGCUGGCGGCUUCGUCUGCCGGGUCGUCCACAGGAAGCUCACGGAGCUCGGCGCGGCCAGGCCGCAGCACUCGCAGCUGCCGAUCUCCGCCUGCUACCGCCUGAAGGACCCGGCCGACCCCGACAGCAAGGUGAACAUCUUCUUGAACGAGUUCAACCACGCGAGGUGCCACGGCGGCCUGCCUGCAGCGGAUUACGACGAGGAGGUGAGGCGGUACAAGGUAUUCGCCAAGGCGAAGUACUCUUUCAUCUACACCAUCACCGGCAGGCGGGCGGACGCGCUGGAGGGCCCGGUGCCGAGGGUGGCGGACGAGAAUGGCAGAGAGCUGUUCUUUUGGUCCGACAUGCAGUCCCUCAUAUCGGAGGACGACGACCGCAUGGCGUCCCACAACUUCCUGCAGGCGGGCGCGGCACGGCACCGGUGA